CUUCCCCAUGGCCAACGGUGGUUCCUGACUUUGUCCGUCCUGUAUAUAAGUCGACACUCCCAAGGACCGACAAUCCUUUCUCUUCUUUCCUUUUCUCACCCACACACAUUCUCUGCAAAUAAUCACCCUGACUUUUUAGUCAAUUUCAUUCGUUAACAAGCAUAUCUAAUUGCUCAACCCUAUAUACCUAAUCCUCGACAACUUUUAGCUCUUCACGAGUCACUUAAUACCAGACAAACUCAGUCAAAAUGAAGUUCUCCAUUGCCGCUGUUGCUUUCGCCGCUGGCGUUUCUGCCUCUUACCCGGCCUCCAACGCUACCCAGUACACCACUGAGGUCGUUACCUCGUACGAGACGUACUGCCCCGGCCCCACCCAGAUCACCUACGGCACCAACACCUACACCGUCACUGAGGCCACUACCCUGACCAUCACUGACUGCCCUUGCACCGUCAGCAAGCCAGUCUACACCACCUCGUCCGUAUCCUGCGCUACCUGCGCCCCGGCUCCCGUCUACCCGACUUCUGCCCCGGCUUACCCUACCUCGGCUCCCCCGGUCUACUCUAACAGCUCUGCUUCUGCUACCACCCCCACCCAGGUUUACCCCACCGGCGGUGCCCCCGGCACCACGACCUCUGCUACCACCAUCCCCACCGCUGGUGCCGGCAAGGUCGCCGCUCUCUCCGGUGCUGGCCUUGCUGGCCUGCUCGGUCUGGCUGUUGCCGCCCUAUAAAUUGACUUCUAGU